AUGUUUACUUUAUGAGGAUUAAAAAAAAUAUUUUAUAUACAUUAAAAGGGCGUAUAUGUAUUUGUAUCGUAUAUAUAUAUGACUUCUUUAAGUUAAUGAGUUUUAAAUAUUAUAUUUACAAGCACAAAUGUCUUUAUUAAGACAAUAAUCGUCCUUAGAUUUGAAUGCGACUCAAUGGAGAUUCGGCAAGCGCCUGCUUGAGGAAAUCAAGUUUGUCUCACAUAGGCAAUUGCUAUUAGCCGACAGCUUUUGUCACUCAAUGAGCAGUCUGAACAGUGCACGUACCGAACAAGAGAUCCAAGCAGCAACUCUUCAGUUACCUCUUCAUAACCGCUGUCACAAAAGACAAGGACGAUGUCACAGCCAGCAGACUCUAUUCUUCACAGCGGAUACUUCCACCCCACUCUCAGAUACUGGCAGACCUGUGCUUCAGACCUCAGAGCAGAUAACCUCAUAUAUCCCAUCUUCAUUACUGACAGUCCUGAUGCGGUGGAACCGAUUUCAAGUCUACCUGGUCAAGCGAGAUAUGGUGUUAAUAAGCUAGAAGGUGUGCUUCGUCCCCUAGUAGAAAAAGGCUUGAAGUGUGUGCUGAUAUUUGGAGUUCCUGCUAAAGUUGAAAAGGAUGAGAGAGGCUCUGGGGCAGAUGCAGACUACAAUCCUGCAGUGCUGGCUGUGAAGAAACUGAGGAGUUCAUUUCCUGACCUAAUGCUGGCCUGUGAUGUUUGCCUUUGCCCUUAUACCUCUCAUGGCCACUGCGGAAUCCUGCGUGAAGAUGGCACUCUGGAUAAUGCUGCAAGCUGUAUGAGGUUGGCUGAAGUAGCUCUGGCUUAUGCUCAAGCAGGCUGUCACAUCAUCGCCCCUUCAGAUAUGAUGGAUGGACGCAUUGCAGCAAUUAAACAAGCACUUAUAUCCAACGAUCUUGGCAAUAAGGUGUCAGUACUGAGCUACAGUGCUAAAUUUGCCUCCUGCUUCUAUGGGCCAUUCAGGGAUGCUGCCCUGUCUAAACCUGCUUUCGGAGACAGACGAUGCUAUCAGCUGCCCCCUGGUGCCAGAGGGCUAGCACUGCGGGCCUGUGAGCGGGAUGUGAAAGAGGGUGCUGACAUGCUGAUGGUGAAACCUGGUUUACCAUACCUUGAUAUUGUUAGGGAGGUCAAGAAUAAGCACCCCACUCAUCCGCUGGCAGUGUACAAUGUGUCAGGUGAGUUUGCCAUGUUGUGGCACGGAGCUGCAGCCGGAGCGUUUGACCUGCGCACUUCAGUAAUGGAGGCAAUGACUGCCUUCCGCCGAGCAGGCGCUGACAUCAUCAUUACCUACUACACUCCACAAUUACUCACAUGGUUAACAGAGCAAUCUAAAUGAACUUGGAUUAAAGCAUUCUUCUGAUGCAGAUUUUCCUGACACUGAAGACUUGAAAUAAAACUGACAAGCAGAUAUAUCUACACAUCACAAUUUGUCAACUAUAAUUUUUUUAAUCUGAUUUAUGUAUCAAGUUCAAGAAGCUUAAUUUUGUAGUUCUCAAAUUAUUGCAUUUUUCACCAGUUUAUUUUUUAUCAUUAAAAUGUUAAAUGGUUUAUUAUUAUUAUGGGCAAUUAUUUCAUAAUUUCUAUAACCAUGGAUCUGUUUUCUUUUAAUAUGAAUCUCUAGGAUUGUAAUAGCACUGAAUGUGGACCUCAUGUUUCUAAGCACAUAUACAGAUGUUUAGUUCUCAAAUUAAUUUAGUUAUAAUUAUAGUGAUAUUAAAUGUCCUCUUUGUAUCUCUGUUUUAAGCUUUACAGUGUUCGCUGUACAAAAUGUCUAUCAUUGUAUAACCAGAAAGAUGAAAAUAAAGUUAAAUC